CUUAGCGGAUCAGUAUUUUCUUUAUUUAUUACGGUUAAUGCGAAAAAUGUUCGUCCAACUUGUUGCGUCAACGUGGUUCACGUGUAGGAAGCACAGUUUUCUGGAGUCAUGAAAGCGUGUUAUGUUCCGCGGACAGUAGUGGUAGUACAGUCGUUUAAAAUUUCCAUUUAUGUGGCACAGUAUCGCACACACGUUGAAGCGCAAAUACGCAAAUGUCAGUCAUACGGCUGAGUAGAUCGAUGUAGGUAUGUGACCGGGUGUGAUCAAACAAUUUGAAACAGAAAGACGAAAACUUGUACCGCUGGUUGGAAUUUCAAAUAACUGUUAGUGGAUGUACUUACAAUGGAGGGCCACCAGGUAAGGGCGCUAUACGACUUUACAGGAGAAUCAGGGACAGCAGAAUUGUCUAUCACAGCAGGAGAAGUUUUAACUGUCAUGAGAGAUAAUGUGGGUGAUGGGUGGUGCGAAGGUUUUAAUCAAAGUGGAAAAUCUGGAUUGUUUCCAGCCGCAUACGUUCAAAUUGUUGAAACCACAGCAUCCGUUUCAAAUGCCAUGACAUCAUCGCAACAGAGUUCUGGAGAUUAUUGGGAUGAUGAUUGGGACGACGAUUCUGAAGUUAGCCAAACCCAGGCUUAUGUUCCUUCGCAACAGCAACAACAACAACCACAGCAUAUGACACAGUUGACUCAACAACAUAGUACUAUUGAUUAUGGUGAUAUAGUUUCUAUGCAAACUAUUCAUUCUGUGAUACCCGAAAGGCCUAUACCGAAUAUACCAAAGAAGAAUAAUAAGUUUUCUACUUUAAUAAAAUCUGGCGAGGAUAGUUUUUUAUUAGGAAUCAGAAUAACAAAUGUUCCUGAAAGUGAGAAAGUGUACGUUGAGGAGAUCGACGGGGGACAUUGUAGAUGGGUUCCCAGGGGAGAUUCUUACAAUUGUGUAGUUACAUCUCCCAAAAAGGAAUCAAAACUGAAGGGGCUUAAAAGUUUCAUAGUUUAUCAACUGACGCCUACGUUUAACAACAUUCAAGUGUCAAGAAGAUAUAAACACUUUGAUUGGCUACAUGAACGUUUGGAAGAAAAAUAUUGUUUUAUUCCUAUUCCGCCGUUGCCAGAUAAACAAAUAUCGGGAAGAUACGAAGAACAGUUUAUCGAACAUCGACGUACACAGCUACAAGAGUUCGUCGAUUACGUCUGUAGACAUCCUGUGUUGGCACGCAGCCGCGUCUGGGAGCAUUUUAUAACUUGUACAGAUGAAAAACGAUGGAAAGCCGGCAAGAGACAAGCGGAGAAAGAUGAAUUAUUAGGUGUAAAUUAUUUUAAUGCCAUUCAAUGUCCCGAAACUCCUUUGGAUGCUAUAAGAGUGGAAAUCCAAAUAGAUGCUUACAGUAGAUUUAUAAGCGGAUUAGAUCCGGUAGUUAAGAAUUUCAUGGCUAUGGCUGUUGACCAAACAAAGAAAAAUCAAGUUCUCUACAAGAGGGAAUUUCAAAAAAUUAGUCAAUCUUUUAACGCGUUGAGCCAUGCGUUGGAAGGAGACGAUAGCAGUCGAGGUAGAUUGACUUAUGCGUUGAAGAUAACGGGCGACGCUUAUAACGAUAUAGGCAAAUUGUACGAAGAACAGCCUAAGUUUGAUUGGGAACCUCUUGCUGAUAAGUUCCAUAUUUAUAGAGGAAUUAUCAGUAGUUUCCCAGACGUAAUCAGUAUACAUAAGAGUGCCGUGCAAAAAAGGAAAGAUUGUGAAAGGUUAGUAAGUGAACAUAAAAUGGAACCGCAACAAAUGCGAGAGCUUUCUCAUCGGACGGACAUAAUAGCGCGAGCUCUUCUUGCCGAAGAAACACAUUUUCAAGCAGAACAGGAGAUACAUAUAACCCAAGCCAUGAAAACGCAUCUUGCUGAGCAAAUUACGUUUUAUCAGAAAAUUGUAGAUAAAUUACGAGAGGCGUUAAAUUCAUACGAAGGCUGAAACGCGUGACUAUCGUAAUUUAAGAAGGCUUUGCACACACGAUAUCAUUUUAUAUAAUCAAUAAUAUCGAAAUACGAUAUUUAGUUUAAAAUGUACGAAGUGCAUGAAGUGUAACAGAAUUUCUAUAAUAGAAAGAAUUUAAUACGUGAUUUGAACACGAAUGCAGACGAUUUCGAAUGGAUUUAUAUUUAAUCAUGGAUAAGCACAGAUCGCAAGAGCAAUAACAUAAAUAAGAUCAGAAGGGGCCAAUAGUUUGUUUUUAGAUGUACCAAAAAUCACACGUAUAUAAAAAUAUGAAAAAUAUAUUUUCUAUUUAUAGUAUUUUUUUAUGUACAUUUCAGUUGUACAAUCCGGUAUUAUUUCAGCGACUGAAUAAACAGAAAAGAAUGGUAUUAAACUGGACUGGAAGAGGUGAAGUGUAAUUUUCAGAAAUCAGAUAAGUAACAUCAAUUAAGCGGUAUUAUUAAUGAUGCAUAGUAAUAUAUUACAUGUUAAUUUUUCAUG